CAACCCGAUAGAAGCACAGUUGACAGUUUCGCAACAUACAAAUCACAACUGAGAUAAAAGUACAACAAAAUGUUCUUCCAAUAUUUUUCCAGUGUUUUGCUCGCAUUCGCAGUACUCGCCUCACCCGCACAAGCGUAUGUCGUUACUGUACAAGGAUCCGAUGGAAACGUUAUCUGCAAUGGUGCUUUGAUCAAUAAGGAUACAGUUGUGACUGCAGCAACUUGUUUGGCUUUCUACGAUCCCGACCAAUUGGUGGUUGGAGUCGAGGAUCAAAUCGUCAAAAUUAAAUCGCACACUUUUGAUUCCAGUUUCGAUUUCGUAACUAUGGAAAAUGAUGUAGCUGUUCUGAAGUUGGCUCAAUCUGUAGAAGGAGAAUACAUAUCAUUGGCUAGCCAAGCACCAAACACCGGCGCAAGUGGUGUUGUAUCAAGCGUGAAUGGCACUCUUCCAGUAAGCAUCGUAGGUACAAGUGAUUGUGCAUCUGGCGACUAUUCAUGGAGUGAAGAUGAAGUUUUCUCUUCCAUGCUGUGCGGUUAUGCUAGCGACAACAAAUCUUGCGUUGGCCGUAAUGGAAGUCCAGUCGUGGUUAGCAACAAACUGGUUGGUUUAGUUUCCUGGGGUGGUUGUGGCAGCAAGAGCAAACCAGCCGUUUUCACCAACAUUGCAGCACUGUCAUCUUGGAUUUCACAAAACGAAUAAGCUUGAAUUUUCUUUUAAAAAAUUAUAAAUUUGCAUUAAAAAAUAAAAAUUUCAUAAAUUUGAA